CGGUAUCGAUCGGUUGCUUGGAAAAUUCGCCUAGCGUUUAGGACCUGUGCCAGUUUUUCUUUCGUUUAUCCGUGGAGUGGAGCCGGAGGCCACCCUCUUCAUUCGUGUGUUGGUUUGGGGGUGGUGCUAUUUUGGUUGAUGGUGGUUGUGGAUUCCAAACGGAGAGGAAGCAGAAGACGUAGAAGAAGGAUUACUCUCUGGCCGCCCUGCUGCUUGUCACUUUCCGCUGGAGUUUUUCCUGAAGUGCUUUUCCAGUAUACUUAGGUAUACCCUGCCUGGGUGAUUGUGCCCGUUUUUUUUUCCUGUCGACAUCCGAGUGGGUGUAGUGGGUGUAUGGUCGAUGCCAAGGAGCAGAAACCACCGUUUGUCGUUGGAUAGUUUGGGACGGCCUUCCGUCUGCGUUCUUCGCCUUUCGGAGUGUUGUUUAUCAUCAGGCAGUGUCCCUUCUUGAAGGAGAGUUUGGGUCGAAAAGUGGGGGCAAAAUACACCGUCCGUCGUGUAAUUGGAUUUCAAAACUGGGAAUACUGGUUGCAAUUUUCCGUUUUAAGGAUUGUGUGACUACACACAUUCGCAUGCAUGCAAUGGAAUGAUGGCACCAAAUUUCCCGGCAAGUGGGCAUGACCUGUUUCUGAGCACCCGCUGGUGACGAAAAGCUGCUGUUGACACACGCGUUCUCAGCAUUAUCGAUUGUUGUUUUGUCUCCCAAGAAACGGUGAAGUGUGGUGAUAAACUUUUACCAAUCAGUUUUCCCUGGACCAGUGCUGCCAGCCGCAGACCCCAGUGAAACAGUCGAGCUACAUUUGGAUUUGAAUAUCAUCAAAUAACGCAAUCGGAUUACGGAAAAACACCAACAGAAGAAAGGAGAAAAGAUACAUUUAGCUAAAUCAUUUAAGGAUCGAAAGUUUUUCCAGGUGACCAGAGUAAGUGCGUUUUAAACCAAUAGUAAGUUCGGAGUGUUUCAGAGAUUUCGGUUUUAAAAGUUGCACAAUUGAUGGCACCUGUUUCAACUUAGCGAAUCCGUUAUCAUAAAAUUAGUGCAGCUGUGUCUACGUUGAGUCGGUUGGAAAUAAAUUCAAACAGCUUUGCCGAGCGCCAUUACAGUGCAAAAUAAGCCACACGUUGCCGCACCUCCGUCGCGGUUUGAGGUUUAUCAGUGAGUGGAAAAGUUCCCAUCAGUGUUAGUGAAGCCUAAGAUUUAAGAAGAAGAAGAAGCGGAAAACCAACAACUACCAACAAUAUUUGACCGGUAGAGGAGAAAAACUCGAUGACAAGAGAGUGAAGGAAAACGAUUGCCUGUUAUGGACUAAGCCCAGUUCAAAGGAACGCAACCGAACAACAUUUCCAGUGGAGCAUUUUCCGCAGCCAAGUCAGUUGGUACUAAUGGAUCAACAAUAAAUGCAAUUUCAAAACAAGUAACUAACGGGUUCAGGUGUUAAACAAAUGGACCCCUCACAAUCUCGAAUACCACGAAUUGGCAACAGCAACAGUAGUAGCAGAAUCCCAGUUCCCGGUUCCAUUCGGCCGCCCUCGUCCCAGUUCCAAUCCCGUCUGGUGCGGCCAAGCAAACCCCCUACAACAGCAGCAGCAGCACCCGGAUUUACCGGUAUCGCAACUCCCUUCGCCACACCUGCAGCCCACAGCUUCCUGCGGCCACCUCGUUCGGCUGCCUUGACGAUAGCCCGGUCCUACUCCGGCGAUAAACUAUGCAGCGGUGAACCGAGUCCGUUUCCGGUGCUAGCGGCCUCAACGCCAGCCGCUUCGCAUUUCAAACCUCCCAGUGCGUUAAACCUGUACAAGAAGCUUGAGUUGGAGUCGACGGAGAAUCUGCACGAGAUCCAGCAACCGCUCGAUAAUACGUUCGCGGUUGAACCGGCGCCGAAGGUCUUGGAUAUCGACUUCAACGAUGGCGAUCGGAUGCUAGUGGAUGAAUCGAUGGAUUUGGUAGCAGGAGCGGGAAGUACGGACAACCUUAUUGAGUCCGAGUCGCAGCAGCAACAGCAACAGCCGAUGAUGAAACCGGCUUCGAGUAAUGAAACGGUGACGCUCAGUGCCAAUGGAAACGUUACCUACGAAGUCAAACGCAGCGAUACGUUCGUGAAGGAGGAGUCGUUGAAGCUCGGCGGUAGUCGAGAAUCACUGAACCGAACUAGAGGAGCGUCGCUAUUUUUAAAUGACAAGUCGGGCGACGAUUCACCGGUGCUGGACCGGACGCACGUCGUAUUGGACUCGGUAGGUAUGUUGGAAGACGGUGCGAAGAAGGCGCUGUGCUCAACGAUGGUGGUUUACGAUCGAUUGGCUAGCGUAACUCAGAGCAUUCCAAAUUUGACUCAGGAGCUGGAAGGAUACGGAGGGAGCCCGGAUAGGUUACAGAUUGUUAGGCCUUCGAGACUGACGUUCAAUUUAAACGAAACCACCACAAAUUUGAUGCAUUUUUCUGAUCCUUCGAUGCUGCUUAACAAAACGCAAGUUUUUAGCUCGACCAUGCAUUCGCCAUCGAGGGUGAUCGGGUCGAAGGAGAAUAUACUGAACGUUACUAAGGAUAUAAACGAUUUGCUUUUGGACAGUAGCGCCGGAGAACGCACUCUGGUGGCGGAAGAUUUGAAUGAUGAGAGUUUGUAUGAGGAAAAUGAGCCUAAGAAGGAGAUAUUUGAUCUUAGCUUGGAAGAACCGGUGGUGCUGGAAAGAGAAGAGGUGAUUAUUCGUCCUGUUGACGGUCGAUCGGGAUCGGGAUCAAAGUAUCGAUAUUCGUUUGGCUUAGAUUUGACCGAUGCAACGCUGGAUUGCUCGAUAGAUUUGUGUGACUCGUCGAUUUCGUCGGCAGUCGUGAAAUCCAACAAUUUGAAAUCACCUAUUUACAGUGGCCUCACUAAGCAGGGUUCGUUUGAGAUGGACGAAAGUCUGGGAAUUUUAACACCAGACCAGAUGAAAGAGUUUUUGGACUCGACCACAACCAACACCAACAAUACCAACAAUUUGGAGUUGCAAUUGAACACGGGAUCCCACAAACAUGCGCUGCAUCAUUGCAGGAUCGAUCAAACGCCUUCGCCGGAGGAAUUACCCUUGGAUCCGGUGGGAGUAAAAACUGACAUGUCGGACAUUUGCCUGCCUUCGGAAAUGAUUUCGAACGGGGGUUCAAUCCUGUAUCAGGAGAUAUCUCAAACCGAUUCCGAUUCCAAGACCGAUCAAAUGACCAAAUCAGGUACUUCGAAAGUGUCAAACAGUUUUAUUACCAGCAUAACGAGCAUUACAAGUUUGGACACCGGCUAUCAGGGCGAUGGGGAAAUGUCUCGACCGGCAAGUCGUGGGGCUGAUCAGUCUCCAUCUAAUGGACCAAGAAUUAAGAAUCCAGAAGCCCAAGGAGUUUGGCCAAACGCUCAGGGAGCCGCAGAAGCACCGGUUCCCCGGAGGCCAGAUCCUAUGACCGAUAGCGAUUUCUUCACGGAAAGCGACGCUGAUGACGUUAUGAACCGGGGAGAUCGAAGGGCUCAAAUUAUCGAUGGGCAUCUGUACGGACCGAUGCUACAGGGGGCAAACGUGUUCAUUAAUCAACAACCGCAGAAUGAUGAUUCUUGCAUGGAAUCCAGCGGCAUUUUUACUGAUGUGGAGAACCGCGGCGAUGACGAGUUGAUCCACCGAAUCUCCGAGCGGGAAGAUAUGAUGGAACAUGACGAGGAGGAAGGGAUCGAUCGGCAGCCAGCUGGGGAGAGUGAUAUGAGCCCUGAUCUUUCAACCGAUACGAUAAGCAGCGCCAACACAGCUUGUAGCCAGAAAAAGGUUGAACCGAUCCCGGAAACCGGAGAGGGUGUUAAUUGUUCGCAAAAUGCUUCAGCGCGCUCAUCGGUUAUUUCGAACGUUUCAGUUCGACCGUUCAGUGUAGAACAUGAUUGUCAAGUAUCGCGCCGCGAAGAUGACGUCAACAAACACGCUGUCACACCUUCACCGCAAGCAUUACAAUCGCCGUCGUCGUCGUUGGCGUCGCCGUCGGUGCUUAAUCAAUCCGCUUCGUUCGUCGUCGCGGUGAGUGCCGAUAAAGCUGAAAGCGCCUCAAACGCGAGUGACGUGAGUACCGCGAGUAAACUUAGCGAAGACGGCCGGGAAGUUUGCGUACUAAGCCCUAACGCUAGUAACGACAGUUUGUCUGGCGCGGUCGUCGGUAGUGCAAGUAGUAGUGGAAGCAGUCGCAGAAGCAGCGGCAAAAAGCCACCUGGUGGCGGCACCUUCACCGGCAGCAGCAGCAGCAGCAACAGUCGCAAGCAGCAGAAAAAUGAAACCAAUUUGGUGUUGAAAAAACAUGACAUGUCGUCGCGCGCGGCAUUGAUCAAGACGCGUCUUUUCAAGGAUUCUUCGGUCGGUUCGGGUUCGCGAUCGUCUUCUUUGGUUGUGGAGGGAAGUGCCCUCGGGAGCUUGGAUGCGGGGCCAGAGUGCGAAAAUCAAGAAAACAAGCGUCCCUCCAGUGCAAGCAUUCGGGGUGGUGGCAGUGUGGGAAAUCUGAGCUUUAUCAAAAAAUCGGCCACCCCGAACAAGUGGGAUGCAGUGAUGAGUAAAAUCGCCGAGAAUAAGGCAGUUAUCAAGAAAAAUUUCAGUGAUGUGAAGUCGAAGAUCAGUUGCGGCAAAUCGGCGAUCUCGCUGGUGCGGCGGGUCGAUUCUCCUGCCUCGCUCAAGAGUCCCCCGUCGGAAUGCAACAGCAGCAUCGGCAGCCGCAGUGUCAGCGGGGUUGCGGUCACGGGCAGCGGAAAGCGGACAGUUUCCGGAUCGGUGAAGCGCGGACGCACUCACAGCAAAGACAGCCAACAAAGCUCCCAGAGUGAUCUCAGCCUGUCCGGUGGUUCACCCAAGUUGGCACCCAAAGUUUCCAGCACACGACCAGCAAAAAAGCGAGAUGUCCGCACAAUCAACUCGUCGUCGUCCGGCGAUUUGGGUCCGCCCCCCUCCAAGACCACCCUCGGGGCCGGGUCCCACAUCAACAAUAACAACAACAACAACAACGGCAUCAAUGGGCAACAUCAUCGGUCCAGCCUCCGGACGGCAGCCACGAUGCAAAAACGAGUGCCAUCGAGUACGACGACGGCGACGCCCGGCAGUAACUCAGCGACGCCGAUUCCAAUCGUACCCGAACAGCUGAAGGGAUCACCUCCACCAUUGAAACGUAAUCUGAUCGCCAAACGAACGGUUGGCUCGGCCAUAGGCACGCCCCACGGCACCGUUAAAACACCACUGAAAGAUCACAACCGACUAGUUGGUCCUACGCCGACUUCGAAGCAACAGUCAACGGCCAAUUCACCCAAGUCCAAAACCUUAAUUCGAUCCCAUCCACCAUCCACCACAACGACGACGACGACGGCGACGCCCUUGAGCCGGAAUCAGCACCAUCACAACCACCACAGUGACCAUCCGGUGAACUACAAUGGAUCAUCCGGUGGUGCUGCUGCUACCGGUGCCACAAAUGGGACAAAAACUAGUCCGGCAUCGGCAACAACGACAACCCCGAAAAAUGGUAGCGGUACCAUGAAUGGGAUGAUCCAACGGAAUGGAACCAUCAUUCUGGAAAAAUCGCCGCCCCUAAAUGGUCGCCACGAGGGCCUCGACGAUGCCGGUGGACUACGCGCUGCGGGCCCUCAGGAGGCGGCCCUCAAAAUAAUGCGACUGGCCAACGGAACCGAACAGUUGACGGACGCCAAAAACCUGGUCGAUAUAAGUUUGCUCAAUCAUGCCAACCGCGGCGUCGAGGCGCUGGGAGUUUUAGUACAAUACUUAGUUUAUAAUCUGGAUGCCUUUUCCUGUCCCACGAUCAAGCAGUCCCACCAGAAGGCGACCCAUGACCUGCUAGAGACCAAAUCUUUGCUGGACGAGGAGCGAACCACGUGCCAAUCGCUCCGACAGCAGCUGCUCGAAACGACCGAACGGGAAGCAGAACUGCAGGAACUGCACCGAUGCGAAAUCAGCAAAGCUGAAUCCUGCCUCACAGAACAGCAGCGAUCGGCCGCUGAGCGGAUAGCCGCCCUGGAGCAGGAACUGCACCGCCGCGAGAUGGCAGCGGAAACGAAACUGCGCACCUGUGCCGAUCAAUUCGAAACCAAAUUAGCCGCCAAGGAGGCAGAACUCGAGAACUCGAAAGCCCGCGAACAGGAACUGCUGCAGCGAAUAAGCGAUCUCAGCUGCACCGAGAACGAACUGCGCGAGAAGGUUCACUCGAGUGAGCUGGAAUUCAGCGAGCGACUCCUAGCGGCUGCCAUGCGUGAACGUGACCUUACCGAACAGCUGAACCAGUUCAAUCGGCAGCUGGAAGAAUUCCGACGGUCUUCGCAGGCCCGGGAACAGGAGCUGCUCGAAAAACUAAACCUAGUGCAGGACGAGUGUAAUUACCUUCGACACAACCGAAGCGCCACGGAACAACCCUCCCAGGACGAUCUGUCCAUGACGGGCAGUGACAACACCCUGGUGGCCGGGCCACUGCAGAACACUCGAUCCUCCAGCAGCCUGAACCAUGCGCAAGCCCUACAGGACGAAGUAGAUAGCUUGCGAUGCGUGCUGGACCUGAAGCAGCGGGAGAUUUCCGAACUUCGCAAACAGGUCCAAGAGUACGAACGGGACGCCAAAGAACUGCCCGGAGCGCUGGUCAAAAUUUCCGCCCUGGAAUCUCGCAUCGAAGAUCUCCAGGUGCAGCUCAAAACCAAAACCGAGGAAGAGAAGGACCUGCAGCAGAAGUUGAAACAGCUGAACGAUAACCUGAAACAGGAGACCAAGGUCAAGAGCCGGCUGUCACAGCACAACGAGGAGCUACAGUGGAAGUUGAAGCAGAACUCGGAGAAGUUCUCGCACGUCUGUGCCGAGCUGUCCAAGAGUUACCACGAGAACUCGACCAGCUACAUGAGCACCACUCGCGCCAGUUUGGAUCAGACGGCAACCGGCCUCUACGGUUACGGUCAGAACCAUACCAAUACGAUUCACAGCCGCUCGAGCGGAUCGGAACGGGUAUUCGAGAUGGAUGAUCUGUCGCCACCGACAUCGCCCAUCAUCAAGGGGGUUGUCGAGAAAAGUGAUUCCGUUUCAUGGGUGCUAGAGAUGGACGAUGAACCGCCAGAGAUUUCGGCUUCUCGGAUUGUGCGACGGGCGGGAUCAUUCCGGUCCACCUUUGGCCAGGAGCUGAAGCGGCAGAAGUGCUUGAACAAUUCCACCAACAACGGUGCUACAGGUCUUCAGCAGUCCAGCUCGGUGGGUUCGAUACUGAAGCAGCAAUCGCACGAAGCAUCUCCAUCAAAGAUGAUGGCCUCUCCGGGAACUCCCAGGCUUCGAUCCAAAUCGGUCAGCAUCAAAACCACCGAACCACCAAAGAAAAUUGUUCGCUCUAACUCGGGAGCAUCUACAUCGGUCACCAAACCAAUCCGCAUGGCCGAAGUACCCCUCUCUUGGAAGGAACCUCCGCUGUACAGUAGUUCCCCUUACGCUCACAAACGUUAUCUGAACGAUCGGUCGGCCGUUGGAAGUCAGCGGGAAGGAAAAGAUUUAUUUCUUGAAGAGUCAGAAUUUCUGAGCGAUGCAGGGGGUACUGAAAGCCCUUACAGUCCGCGCAGCCGAGCUGGAUCAUUUGGCGCUGCGGCACCGAUCGUGGAUCGGCUGAAUGCUACCCAUAGCCAAAUAGAAUUUUUUCAUCGGGACAAAACACCGAAUUUUAAGAAAAGUAAAGAAAACCGAGGACUCAUAACUUGUGAUACGACGGCGUUGACCAGUGGAAACACUAAUGAUCCGGUAACACCGGCGCACAAAAAACGCAGAGAGUUCGCACGGAAGAAUUUAACCGACACCAAAAAUGAUUCGUUACCAAAAGAAGCGGCUGGCGAAGCACUGGUGUCGGGAUCCAAUUCUGACGACGAUGAAGACCGAUCUUCAUCGUCCUGUCUGUCGGAUGACAUCUCGUCCGGCGGAAGCAGUAGCAGCUCCAGCAGCAGCAGCUCGACCAGUACCGGAAGUGGCGUUUGUGGUUCGGAUUCCGGUAGCGGUGCUGACGAAGUUCGACAAGCCCUGCUAGACGGUGCCGAACGGUCUCAACAAAGCCGACGCAGAUCCUCGAAUGUUUCUAUUGAAGACGCCCUCAUGCAUAGGAUUGUGGCAAGCCUGAACGGAGGUCUGUCCGCUCAUGGUGGACCGGAAACGCCAAUGGAAGUCAGUUGGUCCGAGGAUGGCGACCCGUCGGAAUCGGUAGUAUGACAUGACGACGACAGCUUUUAAACAGGUGUGUGUGUCUGUUGGAAGCGUAGCAGUUGACAAAAAAAACAUGUUUUUGACUCUGCAUAGCGGAGCAAAGAUGAAACAAGAACAAAAACAAAACGUUUCCUUGUGGAGCUAACACGCGAUGAGCACGAUCCGGGUUGACUCUGGAAAGCAUCCGGUUCGCAAUCGCGCAAUACUCCAAUUUUAUUGAUAAUUUCUGUUUUUUAAUAGUAAGUCCAGUUAUUCAGUUGUAUAUUUUCUGUAUUUAUGAUCAACAAAUUUAGGAAGGCAAACAGUAUAGUGUGAAGUGCGAGAGAGAGAUUUGGAAAGCUAGGGAAUGUUUGAGUAUGGAUAAUUUUUUUUUCAGUUCGUUCUUUUUUUAACGAGUAUUCGUUUAUUUAUUUGUUGUUUUGAAAAUGAGUUUCCGUCUGAAAUUUACCCAAUUUACGAAGAAAAAAAUAUUAUUAAUCAAGCAUUAGUCAGUCACACAGGUAGAAUGAAGUAUGCGUAAUUUUGUGUCCUUGUAAUUGAAAAUAUUUAGCUCUUAUAGAAGACAUUAAGAAAACCUAAAGCGAUGUGUUAUUAGUCACGUAAGAACCUCUAAGAUGGCAAAUAUUCUUCAGUUGGUCACUCCAAUCCUCAGUGGAUGUUCGGAAAAGCCAGCGUUCGAGAGUUAAUGAAAAAAAAAGAAUCUUUGGAAGAAAUAUUUAAUUGUUGCUAGACCUGUAAGAGAGAUUUAUUCAAAAUUGUAAAAACAGAUAUCCCAAAUAACCAACAAAGAAUCAAAACAAGCAGUUAAAAAUUAUUUCGUGUAGUUAACACAUAAGCUAAACAAUGCAGUUGAAAAUAAACAUUAUAAUUGGAAACAUUCGCGUUGUGGACCAACACACAAUUUGGAAAGAAAGAAAACCACGCGUCUUGUCGCAGCAACGGUUAGAGAAAUAUCGAGAGUAGCGAAUGUAGUUCGUAGAAAACUGUUGUUGCAGUUCGUUCCAAAACAAGAAAACCAUUAACCAUUUGACGAGUGAAAAAUCAAACAAGCUUAACAGCAAGCAACUUAUGGGGUUCCUAAACUUUGUGGGAACGCUUCUACGUAUUCAUCAUAUUCAAGCUCUGACUACAGUAGAGUUUUUGUCUCUCUUGAAUGAACUCUAAAAUAACAAUUAUUAUCAACUUUUCCAUUUACCAUCAUUACUAUACCAUAAAAAAACCUUAACUGUCUGAAAUGUUGGUGAAAGGGUCGGUAAAUCCCUUUUACUUAAUCAAAGAUCUACUAGCUUUUCAAAACCGAAAAAAGCAACAAUAAUUGAAAUAAGAGAGGGAAAUAAAUAAAAAUUGGAAAAAAACCCCUAAGCACAGGUUGAGGCUCGCAAGGUAAUAUUUUUUUCUUGCUCGUGGUCGUGAUUGCGAAACGGAUCAUGUGUUCUGUUUCGAUUGGUUGAAAUGCAGGCUUUAGGACUAGCGGAGCUGGCCAGCUUAGUGCUGUUUGUAUAAAGGUUUUGAAAGUUUGGAAAAAAAAACUAAAUCGACGCUAACCAAAAUUGGAAAACAACCCAAUAAUGCGUUAACUAAGGGCUCAGCCAGGAUUUGGUUCUACACAUACCAACACAAAGACACUUACUUAUUGGAGUUUAGAAUGAAAGAAUAACAGACACACAAUAAACUGCAAACUAUUGAAAAUAUAAA